AUGGCACGUCGUAAAGUACAACCAAAACCUUCUAAUGUUGCAUUACCGCCAGGAAACAAGGAAACGAUAUUCCAGUGGAUAAAGAAUAAUUCAUCAUAUCUUGUUCCCAUUUUUCCAGCUGCAAAUUAUGAGGAUUGUCGUGACUUACUACCACAUCAACAAUUCGAAAAGUUUUUUGAUGAUGCAAUAUUGACACACAUUUGUGAACAAAGUGCAAUAUAUGCAACAGAACAUAAUAGACCGAAUCCAAAUAUAACAGUCGGUGAACUGCGCGCAUUUAUCGGCAUACUGAUAGUAACGGGCUUCAAUUAUCACUCCAAUUUUAGGAAUUUGUGGAGUCAGGAUGAAGUCAUUCGCAACAAUCUUGUAAGUAGCACCAUGCGUCGGAAUCGUUUUCAAGAGAUUUUGCAGUGUCUUCACUUCGAAGAUAAUUCCAAGGCCCCUUCGAAAGAGGGCGCAAAUUUCGAUAAAAUGUGGAAAUUGCGUCCUCUUACAGACCACCUAAAAGCAAAAAUGAUAGAGCAUUUUCAUACUGAACAAAACCUAUCCUUCGAUGAAAGUAUGAUAGCCUAUUUUGGUAGACAUGGUUGCAAGCAGUUCAUUAAAGGCAAGCCAUUACGGUUUGGAUAUAAAGUUUGGUCUCUUUGCACUCCAUCGGGGUAUCUGGUGAACUUCGAAAUUUACCAGGGAAAGAAUCCUCGGUCCAAUUCUGAAUAUGAAGCCAAAUUUGGAAAAUGCGCGGCUCCAUUAGUAAACAUGAUUGAUGAUUUCUCCGAUGAAAUGAAAUUGCUACCAUUUUCAUUUUAUUUUGAUAAUUUAUUUACCAGCUAUCCUUUGUUGGCUUAUUUGAAAUCAUGCGGAUAUAAUGCUACGGGAACAAUACGUGAAAAUCGCAUUCCAGCAAGCUGUCCACUAGCACAUAAAAAAACUUUCAAGUCGAUGGAAAGAGGUUAUUCCGAAUCGAUUGAGAUGAAAAGCACAGGUAUUCGUUUGGUGAAGUGGAAAGAUAAUAGUGUUGUCUGCAUGUUAUCUACUUGCUUUGGCGAAAAUCCGAAGUCCAUGGCACAACGUUAUUCUAAGGAACGGGGAGCUAAAAUAAAUGUACCCCGUCCUCUUGCAAUCACGGAAUACAACAAAUAUAUGUGCGGAGUAGAUCGAUUGGACCAAAAUUUGGCUCAAUAUCGAAUCGCAUAUAGAGGAAAGAAGUGGUGGUCUAGUAUUUUUACCUGGCUCAUAGAUGCUUGUAUUCAAAAUGCUUGGCAGCUUUAUCGAAAAGACCAACCGACAAUGACUCAGCUUGAGUUUCGAAAACAACUUGCAGUAUACUACUGCAAACAUUAUGGUACAAAAGCCAAAACAUCUGGUCCUGUGACCUCCCACAGAUAUGCACAACAGCCGGGUCGAGUUGAACACACUCUCCGUUAUGAUCAAAUUGGACAUUUUGUAGUACCAUCAAAUCGUAGACACUGUGCUGGUGAUCGAUGCAAAGUUAACGGAAGAACAGCAUGUAUGACUAGUAGGUCUACUAGCAUAACUGCCACGCCUACUUUACAAUUUAAAGCCUUUAUAAAAUGGCCAUCAAGUGGAGAGGUGGCACAGUCUACGGUAGAUAGGAAACGUGCAUCAGCAACAUCAUCAUCAUCAACAUCGUUUUCGUAA